CGGGGCGCGCCCCGCAGGAAGCAGCACGAGCGCAGCGGCGCGAGCUGGACGCACCGCGACAAAACCCGCUGAGCACGAGCUCCAACAGGCGGUGACGCGCGGCGCCAGCGGCGGACAGCGGCGGACAGGAGGGAGGAGGGACCGAACGGCUCUCCCACGCUCCCGCUCCCCCGGACUUACGCUUCCCCGUUUUUGGUCCCAAACGCUUCCUCGUUAAGAUGGCUGACCCCAACAGCGACGGAGAGGUACCGGAGAGCGCGCGCGGGUUCGCCCGUCAGGGAGCCCUCCGUCAGAAGAACGUCCACGAGGUCAAGAACCACAAGUUCAUCGCGCGCUUCUUCAAGCAGCCCACGUUCUGCAGCCACUGCACGGACUUCAUCUGGGGCUUCGGGAAGCAGGGAUUCCAGUGCCAAGUGUGCUGUUUUGUGGUCCACAAGCGCUGCCAUGAAUACGUCACCUUCUCGUGUCCGGGGGCUGACAAGGGACCCGCCUCCGACGAUCCUCGGAGCAAACACAAGUUCCGGGUGCACACGUACUCCAGCCCCACCUUCUGUGACCACUGCGGCUCCCUGCUCUACGGGCUCAUCCACCAGGGCAUGAAGUGUGACCACUGUAUGAUGAACAUCCACAAGCGCUGCGUGGCCAACGUGCCCAGCCUGUGCGGGACGGACCACACGGAGAGGAGAGGCCGCAUCCACAUCUCGGCGCAGAUCAGCGGGGACAGCCUCACGGUCAAAAUUAUGGACGCAAAGAACUUGGUGCCUAUGGACCCUAACGGCCUGUCAGACCCCUAUGUGAAGCUGAAGCUGAUCCCAGACCCCAAGAGUGAGAGCAAGCAGAAGACCCGCACCAUCAAGUGCUGCCUCAACCCCGUGUGGAACGAGACCUUUAGUUUCACUCUGAAGGAGAGUGACAAAGACCGGCGCCUGUCUGUGGAGGUGUGGGACUGGGACCUCACCAGCCGCAACGACUUCAUGGGCUCCCUCUCGUUUGGCAUCUCCGAGCUGCAGAAACAAGAGAUAGAUGGAUGGUAUAAGCUUUUGGCCCAGGAGGAAGGAGAAUACUUCAAUGUCCCGGUGCAGCCAGAUGGAGAGGAUGGAAAUGAGGAGCUCCGACAGAAAUUUGAGAGGUGGAAGGUGGGCCCGGGAAAGCCUGCAGACUCCUCCUCCUCUUCUUCGAUCUGCAAAUACGACAGCAACGGCAACCAGGACCGAGUCAAGCUGUCAGACUUCAACUUCAUCAUGGUCCUGGGAAAGGGCAGCUUCGGAAAGGUGAUGCUAGCAGAGAGGAAGGGCACAGACGAGUUGUACGCCAUAAAGAUCCUAAAGAAGGACGUGGUGAUCCAGGACGACGACGUGGAGUGCACUAUGGUGGAGAAGAGGGUGCUGGCACUAUCUGGAAAGCCACCCUUUCUCACACAGCUUCACUCCUGCUUCCAAACCAUGGACAGAUUGUAUUUUGUGAUGGAGUACAUAAAUGGAGGAGACCUCAUGUACCACAUUCAGCUGGUCGGCAAGUUCAAGGAGCCUCACGCUGUGUUUUAUGCGGCCGAGAUUGCCAUUGGACUUUUCUUCCUUCACUCCAAAAACAUUGUGUAUCGUGAUCUGAAGCUGGACAACGUGAUGCUGGACUCGGAGGGCCACAUAAAGAUCGCAGACUUCGGAAUGUGCAAAGAGAACAUGUACGACGGAGAGACCACCAAGACCUUCUGUGGAACGCCGGACUACAUCGCUCCUGAAAUUAUUGCCUACCAGCCAUAUGGGAAGUCGGUGGACUGGUGGGCGUAUGGAGUGCUACUCUAUGAAAUGCUGGCAGGGCAGCCUCCGUUCGAUGGAGAAGAUGAGGACGAACUGUUUCAGUCCAUCAUGGAGCAUCACGUCUCUUACCCCAAAUCCAUGUCCAAAGAAGCUGUGGCCAUCUGCAAGGGGCUGAUGACAAAGCACCCCGCCAAGCGCUUGGGCUGCGGUCCCGAGGGCGAGCGAGACAUCAGGGAGCACGCUUUCUUCCGCUUUAUCGACUGGGUAAAACUUGAGAACAAAGAGGUGCAGCCGCCGUUCAAACCGAAUGCUUGUGGCCGUGAGGCGGAGAACUUUGAUCGCUUUUUCACACGCCACCCUCCCGAGCUGACCCCCACAGAUCAGGACGUUAUUUUCAACCUGGACCAGAACGAGUUCCAAAACUUCUCAUUUGUUAACCCCGAGUAUGCCCAGCCAAGCCACUGACCACAUAGGCCCAGCUCACACCAGUGUACGCUCUGUGGAAAUCACUCCGACAUGUGGAGAUUCAUAGCUGGAAAGAGCAAUACCUUUUUGCUUUUGUCAUGCGUCCAGUUGAUACUUUGCAGCUGAUGUCAUCAACGUUCCCUGGGGGUGUGACGCUAACUGUAGGCACGGCUCUGUCUGAAGCUCUGAGCUUUAUUUUAACACAAUCUGACCAGAAAGAACUGACUUAGCUGGAACUACAACAGGUGAGAUGAUUUGUGCGGUUAAACAAAUCUCUCUCAAAUAACAUCACAAUCACAAGCUUUUCAGUUUUUCAGUUAGUCGCUCUUACCUUUUUGUUGAAAAUCAAAACCUAAACAGGACCAUCAAUGCUUUUAUUGAUCACAGGCUCCUGAAAAUGUGCUGUUUAAAUCCAUUUUGUAUUUUGUCUUGAGUAGAGUGACCAGAUGUUCCUCUUUACCCGGGACAGUCCCAGUUUUGAGCCCUGUGUCCCCUGUUCUAGCAGAUUUAUACAAAACCAGUGAUUUGUCUCAGUUUUAUACAAGAAAUGUCCCAGAUGUCGCUAUUUUUUACCAAUUUGAUAUCUACCAAAAGUAAAGAGAGGCAUACACUGUCACUUGUUUCGAUAAAAUACAGAAAAGGUGCUUAAAAAUGAAAAUGUGACUAUACUGUCACAUGUCAGUCAUGAAUGGGCAAGUGUAGAACAAUUUUCCUUAAUCAUGCACUCGUAUCACAGUUUUACUAUUAUGAACCACCACAAACCGAGGGAGUCCCAGUUUUUAAUUUUGAAAAUCUGGUCACCCUAGUCUUGACUGUUAGACUGUUUUGCUAAUGUGCACAUUGUGUCACCAUGAUAACUCAUGAACAUUCCGCCAUAGACAUACAUAUAGAGCCCCCCCAGUGUGAUGUCACUGCAAAGUAUCAAUUGUCUGUGUUAAUUAACAUAACUAAAUCAUGCCAAAUUCUUGUUGUUAGAGAUGGUUCAUCUGUUAAGAAUUAAUUUGCAUAUAAUGAAGUACUGUAUGUUACAAUGUCUGACUUCUGACUUAUCUGUAUGAACACACACACACACACACACGCACAUGUUGACACUUAGCCUCAAAGCUAAUCUUCAGUUCAGAUCCUGAUCAUGCAGUCGCUGUAAUCCCCACAGGAACAUAUCAUGAGUAGAGGCUGUGUGUACAAGUGUUGAUUUGACUUGUGUGGUAACGCAUGCAUGUUGUGCUGCUCCUAUGCCCUGUUUUAGCAGACUACCUGUAUGACUACCUGUCCUUUAACAUAUGAGGUUUACCUUUUAAACCUGGAAUCAUGUCAUUUUUGUUUCUACAUAUUGACAAAUCUAAAUGUAAUCUGUUCACAUAUUGCUAAUAUUCAUACAGUGUAAGUGAAAAAAAACUGACAUCUUUCUUUGCUACUUGCUUCAGUACUUUUCUGUUUUAUAGGACCCAUUAGUUCAGUGCUAUGUCGUGGUGAGCUUCUCUCAAAGUAUUUGCUGUUUGUUUUGAACCAGUCAGACUGUAAGUUGUAAAUGCGGUGGUCUGACCUUUAGUGGUUUUAACUUAAAGCCGUUGUUUCUGUUUUCUGCAUCCACCACACAUUCUGCACUGUGUUUCACUAUGGGACAUAUCUGUUCUGACGUACAGUUGUGGAUCACCAUGGUAACAAACUCCUGUCACGUGCCAAACUGUGAUAAAGGGCAGUCAGGCUGUGCCAUAGCAGCACAUGUACAUUCCACUGUAAUGGUACAUUCCUCCAAACAUCAGCACAAUCCUAUUCAUUCUAUAUAUAUGAACUGUUUGAGAAGAUGUGUUUUAUUGUGAGGAGGUAUCUUUUGUAACUGUGAAUCAAUGCAGGAUAGUUAUCAUGUGUCAAACCUUGUUCUCUGAGCUUGUAUCAAAUACCAUAUGUUGACGGAAAGACUAGUUUUGUCAAAUAAGAGCUAACACCCUGAUGGUAAGAAGCAAUGAUGGAAUGAUCAUAUUGAAAAUAAAUAUAUAUUCAGUUAUUAA